AUGGGUUCUCUUGCUCAUGUGGUGGAGGACUGCCUGGGACUGAUCCAGGUGUAUAGCGACGGCUCCAUUUUCCGGUCAUACGAAAACCUCAAGUUCCCUAUGGAAGUUCAAGACGACGGCACCGCUGUCUGGAAAGACUGCCUUUACGACGAGGAGCACGAUCUCCAGCUCCGCCUCUACAAGCCGAGCUCCGCGCCAGCUGGCACCACGGGCCUUCCCGUCCUCUUCUACUUCCGGGGCGGAGGCUUCUGCCUUGGCGACCGCACGUGGCCCAACGCCCACAACUGCUGCCUCCGGCUGGCGGCAGCGCUCGGGGUCUUGGUGGUGGCGCCGGACUACCGCCUGGCGCCGGAGCACAGGCUGCCGGCAGCCUUGGAAGACUCCCUGAGAUUUUGGAGGUUAUCGUUGCCUAUCGGGAGCACGGCCGACGACCCAUUGGCCAACCCGUUUGGGCCGUUAAGCCCAAAUCUCGAAUCCACGGAACUUGACCCGAUGCUUGUGUUAGUGGGAGGAUGUGAGGUGAUGAAGGACAGAAUUGAAGACUACUACAAAAGAUUGAAAGCCAUGGGCAAAGACGUCGAGUACGUCGAGUAUGAAGGGGAGGAACACGGGUUUUUCGGCAAUCAUCCUUUCUCUCAAGUGUCCACCAAAGUUAUACAAGAUAUUACUCAAUUUAUGCAUAAAAACUCCAUCUAG